AUGUCUUCCCCAGCGCAGGUCCUCAUCCCACAACUUCAACUCGGGAACACAUUUGGGACACUGUUUAUUGGUGUCACCUUUGCAGCAAUUCUCUUUGGUCUGAGUAACAUUCAAGCUUUCUUCUACUUUCAGACGCACAGGGGCAUAGGGAUAUCGUUCCUUAAGCUAGCCGUCGUCUUGCUUUGGACACUCGAUGCUCUGCACCUAUUCUUCAUAGCCCACUGCGUCUAUUAUUAUUUAGUGGCCCACUACGGGGACAUGAGUGUACUCACAGAAAUUGUGUGGAGCUUCAAACUUCAAGUAGCUAUCGAUGUUAUAAUCAUCUACGGGGUACAUCUUCUGUACUUUCGUCACAUAUGGAUAGUUGGAAAGGGCCGAUCUAGAGUCCUCCCUAUAGUGGUGGGCGUAAUUGUAACUUUGGGUUCAGGUGUUGCCAUCACCCUUAUUUGGGCCAUCUAUCAGUGUCGUGUGUUUACGGAUCUGAUUGGACUCGAGUGGGCGAUAUUGAUGUCCCUGGGCACAGUUGCUUUUAUCGAUUUCGUUAUCGCAUCAUCGCUAUGCUAUCUCCUCGCCACUUCCCGUACUGGAUUCUCUAGCACCGAUUUCAUACUCGCAAAGCUCAUGGCUUACAUUAUCAACACGGGCUGUCUGACGAGGUAUUCCUUCUUCCAGGCUAGUCCACAUCUUGACUCAUAUUUCAUGCAGCAUGUGUUCACUGACAGUUAUGAUUACAUGAUGCCGCACAACUUCAUUUUCCUCUGCUUUGAAUUUUUAAUGUCUAAAUUAUACGUCAACUCAUUCCUUGCACUCCUGAAUGCGCGAUCCUACUUGCAGCCCGCCGCAGAAACUGGUCAUACUUCUGAAGUACACAUACGUCACAGUGUCUACCGUCCAGAGCGGGACGUUAUGGCGUCCCAAGAGGAGGAAUUCCAGGGAUCCCGGAAAUUCAUAAUUAAACAUCCUGACGAUGAUGCGAUGCAUCAUACUCGAUCUGCCACGCCACAACGGCCCAUCGAGGUGACGGUAGAGAUGGAUUCCUACUCACCAAUGUGA